AAGCUCUGUCUCCAUGUUUUGUUCACAGGGUCCGGGUAGAGAGAGCAGAGUCACCUGUACCCAGCUGUCUGUCUAUGAAGAGUGACCGUUCAAUGUAUCGUCCAUACAACUUCAGAGGAGAGUUCACAGGUGAUCAAAGGGUCCGGGUAAAGAGGGCAGGGUCACCUGUACCCAGCUGUCUGUCUAUGAAGAGUGACCGUUCAAUGCAUCGUCCAGACAACUUCAGAGGAGAGUUCACGGGUGAUCAAAGGGUCCAGGUAAAGAAGGCAGAAUCACCUGUAUCCAGCUGUCUGUCUAUGAAGAGUGAUCAUUCAAUGCAUUUUCCAAACUUCAGAGGAGAGUUCACAGGUGAUCAAAGGAUCCACUGCUCACAGGCGUCCAACCAUAUUGUAGAGAGGAGUUCAGAGAAACUGUUGUCAAAACAGUCUCUCCUGCGCACUCUGAUGAAGCUGAAGAAGACUGAAAAGUUGAAACUGUUUCAGAGCCAUCUGAGUCAGGGUUGCCCAGAAUGCCUUAAUAGUAGAAGAACAGAAGAUCCUUCUGUACUGGAUCCGUUUAUGAAGAUGAAGGAAUUGUUCAAGAGUCAUCAAAUUGCUGAUUACCCAGAAUGCACUGAGAGAGGGCAGGAGGAUCCUGAGGCCCUGUACAUAGUUGAGAAGAUGCUGGAGACCUGUGGCAUUGAGAGGUCUCUGAAGAUCACACUCCAUAUCCUGAGGACCAUGAAGAAGAAGGAUGUCACUGACCCACUGGAGAGAGAUGAGCAGCACAAUGAAUUCAAAGAAAGAGCCCAGCAGGCACUGAAAACUCAUCUGAAGAAGAGGUUUGAAUGCAUAUUUGAAGGUUUAGCAAAGCAGGGCCACCAGACCCUCCUCAAUGAGAUCUAUACAGAGCUCUACAUCACAGAGGGGGGAAGUAGGGGGGUCAAUGAUGAACAUGAGAUCAGACAGAUUGAGAUAGCAUCGAAGAGACAAACCACACAUGAGACUGCAAUCAUCUGCAAUGACAUAUUUAAGCCUUCACCUGGACAAGAGAAACCAAUCAGAACUGUGCUUACAAAGGGCAUCGCUGGCAUUGGGAAAACCGUCUCUGUGCAGAAGUUCAUUCUGGACUGGGCAGAUGGAAAAGCCAAUCAGGACAUUGAUUUCAUCUUCACUCUUCCUUUCCGAGAUCUGAAUCUGAAAAAGGAGAGAGAAUUUAGUCUCAUGAAACUUCUGCAGCAAUACUAUCCACAACUGAAAGAGAUCAAAAGUUUUGAAGGUGAUGAAGUCAAAGUUGUGUUCAUCUUUGAUGGUCUGGAUGAGUGUCGACUUCCUCUAAAUUUCCAAAGCAAUGAGAUUUGCUGUGAUAUAACAGAGUCAUCAUCAGUGGAUGUGCUGCUGACCAACCUCAUUAAGGGGAAUCUGCUUCCCUCUGCCCUCCUCUGGAUCACCUCCCGACCAGCAGCAGCCAAUCAGAUCCCUCCUGAGUGCGUCCACCAGGUGACAGAGGUACGAGGAUUCAAUGACCCACAGAAGGAGGAGUACUUCACGAAGAGAAUCAGAGAUCAGAACAAGGCCAGCAGAAUUAUCUCACACAUAAAGUCAUCCAGGAGUCUCUACAUCAUGUGUCACAUACCAGUCUUCUGCUGGAUUUCUGCUACUGUUCUGGAGACAAUGUUGGAUAAAGUGAGUGGAGACCUGCCCAAAACUCUGACUGAAAUGUACACACACUUCCUGCUCAUUCAGACUAAUGUGAAGAAUGAGAAGUAUCAUGGCACCAAUGAGACAACCCCAAAGAAAAUGUCAGCAUCAAAUACAGAAAUCAUCCUGAAACUGGGGCAGCUGGCUUUACUACAGCUGUUAAAGGGCAAUCUGAUAUUCUAUGAAGAGGACCUGAGAGAGAUGGGCAUUGAUGUCAGUGAAGCUUCAGUGUACUCUGGGGUGUGCACAGAGAUCUUUAAAGAGGAGUGUGGGUUGGGUGAGGAGAAGGUCUACUGCUUUGUGCAUCUGAGCAUUCAGGAGUAUCUGGCUGCCUUGUUUGUGUUUCAUUCAUGUGUGAAUGGGAACAGAAAUGUACUCAGAGCAAUAGAAUCAAAAUGUCGCAGUGACAGAGUGCAGCUGUCUGAGUUACACAGGACUGCAGUGGAUCAGGCCUUAGCGAGUAAGAAUGGACACCUGGACCUUUUCCUCAGAUUCCUUCUAGGCCUCUCUGUGGACUCCAUUCAGACUCUAUUAGGAGGAAUACUGACAAAGACAGGAAGCAGUUCAAAGAGCAUUAAGGAAACAGUCCAGUACAUUAGGACAAAGAUCGAAGAUGAAUCUUCAGCAGAAAGGAUCAUCAAUCUGUUCCACUGUCUCAAUGAACUGAAUGACAACUCUCUAGUGGAGGAAAUCAAGAAUUUCCAGAGAUCAGGAAAACUCUCUAAUGAAAAGCUGGAACCACACCAAUGUUCAGCCCUGGCCUUUGUGUUACUGAUGUCAGAGGAGGUCCUAGAUGAGUUUGACUUGAAGACCUACAACACAUCAGCAGCAGGUCAUCAGAGACUGCUACCAGUACUCAGGAACUGCAGGAAGGCCAUGUGAGUAUUAUGUAAUUAUUAAAGUAGAUAAUGACAGCAUGUUUUUAUAAACACUUCAUAGUUAAAGUGAAAAUAGAAUACAAUAAAAUUGUCAGGCAAGUGAGAAUUAUGAUUUUUGAGUCAAGCUAUUUUAACAGAUUGUGCCCUCAUUUAAUGAAUACAGAAGUACCAUCAAAUGUAAAAAAUGUAUCCAACAUGUAAAAUGUAUUUUAUUAGAUUUAAUUUAGGCUACAUAUUAUCAUUAAAGAUACCAGUUAUUAAAUACAUCAUGAAUUCCUUGUUAGGCAAACCAAUGUGAUGGAUCAAUAAUGGUCCAAACAUACAAAUCGCAGAUUUAAAUGAAGAGAGGGUAUAGUAUGUUACAGUAUUAAGAUGAACGUAUUCCCUAUCAAAUAAAAAAAUACAAGCUACACUUCCUUUACACAAAAUUAGAGAGACAUGGAAAAUAAAUAAUAUAAUUGUGAAAAAAAUGAAUGAAAGGUACCGCAGAACCACAGCUUGUCUGUCCCACUGUGACCCAGGAUGGUAAAAUAAGCAGCUAAAAAAUCAAGACCAGAGAUCCAAGACUGUGAUCAAAAAAGACCAAGGCAGAGCUGAGAAGCAAGGCAAAUGGCACAAGAUCAAAGGCUCACUUUUGCUUUACAGGCCAACACUUUAUUUCGAUUUUUUUAAUUUUGUAUAGCGCUUUUAACAAAGGAUCUUUUUCACAAAGCAGCUUUACAGAGAACCGGCCCCAAAAGAGUACGCCUAGGGCAACAGUGGCAAGGAAAAACUCCCUGACUGAUAACAGGAAGAAACCUUGAGCAGAACCGGACUCAGAGGGGGAACCCAUCUGCCGCGGGCAGGCACCUGUUUGUUAUGGAAAAUCCACAGUGGCAGGAGGCGGGGGUGCCCAGCUGCUCAGCGAACUUGGGCUAGAGCUCCGGGCAGGUGCCCAGAGCCGAGGAAAACUAGAAAAAAAACGUUGUUAGGGGGUUCAAAUGGUAGAAUAGCAAGCAGAGCAGAAGAAACAGAGGUGCCCACGUGCGAUAAGGAAAACCCCGGCAGAAUAAGGCUAUGGCAGCAUAGCUAAGGGAAACAGAGGCAGGGGCCAACGCAGCCAUGAGGGCAGGCUUGAGACAGUCAUCACCAGACCAUGACCAGUUCAGCUUAACACAGCACUACCAAUGAUGAUCCAGUGACAGCACUAACCGCUCAGUCUACCAGAGACUCUAUAACUAUGCUCGCCACCCACUCCUGCCCCUCAAAUAUAAGAGAGACUAAAAAUAUCUGUUUUGAGCCUAGCUUUAAAUAAGGUGAUAGUGUCUGUGCCCCGAACAUGGGCAGGCAACUUAUUCCACAGGAGAGGAGCACGAUAGGAGAAGGCUCUACCACCUAUGGUACUUUUAGAUAUUCUAGGAAUAACAAGGAGGCCUGCACCCUGUGAACAGAGCGUUCGUGAGGGAAUAUAAGGAAGAAGUAAAUAAUUUAAGUGCAAAGGGGCAAGCCUAUGUAAGGCUUUAAAGGUAAGAAGUAGUAUCUUGUAGUCUAUUCGGAAUUUAACUGGCAACCAGUGAAGCGAUGCUAACACUGGGCUGAUGUGCUCAAAUCUCCUUGUUCUAGUGAGAAUACAAGCUGCUGCAUUUUGAAUUAGCUGGAGCCCUUCAGAGAAGAAUUUGCACAUCCAGACAAGACAAGAGCAUUGCAGUAAUCUAAUCUUGAAGUAGCAAAAGCAUGAACUAGCUUUUCUGCAUCAUGUAAGGACAGUAUUUUCUGAAUUUUUGAGAUGUUUCUCAAGUGAUAAUAAGCAACCCUGAACCAAGAGAGUGCCUGUCCAAGGAGGCCUACAAGAUUUUCAAGUCUAUCCGGAAGGAUGAGGUGAUCAACUGUGUCAAAUACCGCACUUAAGCCUAAAAGCACAGGUACAGAGAUGCAGCCAUGGUCGGAAGCGAGGACUAGGUCAUUGAGUACUUUGACCAGGGCUGUUUCAGUGCUGUGAGAGGGUCCAAAACCAGAUUGAAAAACUUCCAAUAUAUGAUUGGAGUGCAAAAAUGAACCAAGUUGUUUUGAAAUGGCCCUUUCUAGUAUUUUAGAAAGAAAGGGAGGUUCGAGAUAAGCCUGUAGUUAGACAGGUCAUUCACAUCCAGGUUUGGCUUCUUAAGAAGGGGUUUGAUGGCUGCAAGUUUAAGAGUCUGUGGUAUGUGUCCAGAUGCUAAAGACACAUUGACAAUAUGUAACAUUGGUGUUCCAAUCACUGGUAAUAGCUCCUUGAAAAGCUUCGUAGGGAUAGGGUCUAGAAGACAAGUAGAAGAUUUUUAGGAAUUAACUAUGGCAUUAAACUCCAUGAGAUCUAUUGGAGCAAAAGAGUUCAGAUAGGCCGCCCGUCUUUCUGAAGAUUCUUCUGAAGAUUCUGCAUCCAUGCGUUGAGCGGAUGGAAGGGCAGACCCUAUAUGAGGGGUGGUAGGAGAACUUUGAAUCUUGCCCCUGAUUUUUAUAGCCUAAUUUUGUCAUCAAAGAAAUUCAUGAAGUCAUUGCUACUAAAUGAUAUUGAGGCACAUGGAUCAACUUGAUUCUUGGUCAGCCUGGCAACAGUGUUAAACAGGUGCCUAGGAUUGUUUCUAUUUUCAUCUAUUAAAGUAGAGAAGUAUGAGGAACGUGCUGUGGAGAGGGCAUGUUUAUAAGUUAGUAGACUGUCUUUCCAGUCCUGGAGGAAUACCUGCAAUUUAGUAGAACGCCAUUUGCGCUCAAGUUGGCAUGAAGCUUGUUGGAGAGCACGAGUAUGGUCAUUGUACCAGGGUGCUAAUUUCUUAUAGCGGACUUUCCUCUUCUUAAGAGGUGCGAUAGUAUCCAGGGUUCUGGAAAGUACGUAAUUUAUGUUGUCUGUCAGCUGAUCAAUUGAGCUAAUGCUUGCAUUUUUGUAUGUGUUUGGGUGGGAGCCAAGAAAAUCCCCACAGUGCACAAAUGA